UUUUAAGUUAAUUAUUGUUUACCUAUACUGAAAACUUUAUUACCUACGGCCUUUUACCGAUUGUUCUGGAAUGCAUUUACCUGCGGACUGGAUUGCUGCCUUUACGGACGCCGAUGACAAUGUGGAGUGACAUAAAAUACCGACGGAAUUUGGCCGUUGGCAAUAUCAGCGAUACAUUAGGUUCGAAAUUGGGAUCUUCCUUUCUCAGAUCCCCGAAAAUCAAUUUCAGAACUUCCUCUCCUCCCUUCCCUGUUCUCUCGAGGUAACCCUUGUGUUGUGUGGGCGCGAGUGUGGUUUUCCCUAUCGGUUUGAAGAGCGUGGUGGUGCGGACGCUAGCGGCGGUUCGUUGGUGGGUGGUGUCUUCCCUUCCCUGUUCUCUCUUCGUUCAUAUUGUCUUCUGUCAGCGCGAGGUUGGUCGCCCUAAGCCAGUUUCAAGAGGUUGCUGUUGCGGACGCUGACGGCGGUUCGUUGGUGGCUGGUUUGCGGGUUGGGUGGCUAGGGUUCUUGUUCUUCGUUCUGGGUGUUGCGGCAGGGGUGGUGGUUCGUGGAGCUUGGAGUUAGGAGGGCUUUGCCGUGAAGUUGGGUUGGCUGCUGUGUAGUGCUCGGUUGCCACAUUUUUUAGACACAUUUUUUAGACAGAACAUGGCCGAAGUCCCCAACCCCCGUGCUUGGAUGUAUGACCGCUGUUAUAGUGGAAAAAAAGGUUUAAAGGAAGCUUUUGUUGAAGGAGUUGAACAUUUUUUGGAGACGGCUCGACAGUGUAAAUAUUAUAUUCCUGAUGGAGGGAUUCGAUGUCCAUGCAUAAAGUGCGAAUGUACAAGGAUUUUGAAAGAUGAGGUGGUCAGAGUUCACCUACAUCAAAAAGGAUUCAUGCCAGAUUACAAGCUCUGGAAUUUUCACGGUGAAGAAAUUCCUUCUACCUAUGAACCAUCUUUCAUUGAACCUUGUGGUCGAGGGUUUGUUCCUUCUAGAGUUGCUUCACAGGCCAUCAAUUGGUCUAUUAAGGACCAAUUUCUUCAGCCUUGGCCAUCAUGGGGAGCAAUACCUAUAGAGGACAAAGAACUUUUCUGGCAAAGAUUUAAGCAAGAUGUACAAUGGAUAGCUGAGCAUGAAGCUCAAAUUAAGAAAAACUUCCACAGAAAAGCAUCUCAAAGACUGUCGACAAUAUUUAGAUAUGCAAGGAUCACAGGAAGACCCCCUUAUUGGAUGGGGGAGCACAUAUGGAAUUCAUUGCUAGAACAUUGGAAUUCGCCAAACUAUCGCAAUAAAUGUGUUACCGUCCAGAGAAAUAGGAUGUUAGAAAAAGGUGGUGUACUGCACAUUGGAGGAUCAAUCACUGCACAUGAGCAUGCUCUUCGCAUGGAAGAUUUUUCUCUUAGACUCUCACAAGCUAGAUCUGAGAUAAGAUCUAUUUCUGAUGCUGAAUCAAAAGUAGAUGCUGACAAUGACAUCAUCAGGCAACCAUCUGCAUCCAGCACUGACAAGAGCAAUUUUGUCAGUAGAGAAGUUUAUGAUGCAGUUCUAGCUAGAGUUGAAAAUCUUGAAAAUCUGGUCAGGACAUGGCUAUCUCAGCAAGGACAGAAUCAGUCUGCCCCAUCAUCGUCCCAGCAGCAAUGCCCACCGAUGCAGCCCAUCCCCAUGCAGCCAUCUACCAACCAACAGUCGCAAUGCCCACCAAUGCAGCCCACCCCCAUGCAGCCAUCAACCAACCAACAGUCGCCUCCUCAUCAACUGCCUGUGCAGGAAGAAGAAGAUGAUGAUGAUUCUGAUGAUUAUAAUGAUUAUUAGGCAUUUAGGAACUUUUUAAAACAUUGAUGCAAGACUUUUUAUUUUCAAACUUAGUUCUUUUAUUUUCAAUGACCAUCAUACAAUAACUAUUUAUUUUAGUUAUAUGAAUCUUGAAUGAUUGCAAAGUGAUAUCUGAGUGCAAUUGUUAACUUAA